UGACUAGUGUCGUAACCUCUAAGUCGUAACCUCACAAGCGGCCAAACAACUUUACCACUCGCCUUUUUAGCAAAUAUUUUUUUUCAAGUGAACAUGGUUGCUGUCACCGAAACAGGUUCUCUCUACUCUUCUACAGUUGCUUUCAUAUAUGUUUUCAAUCUGAUUAUUGGCGUUGGAGCCCUGACUAUGCCCAAGGCUUUUUCAAAUGCCGGUUGGAUGGUUGCAAUUGUCCUCACUGGGGUUUUGUGUUUCAUGAGGUUAGUUCGUGAUCGUGGACCAGCAGUGUUUUUAACAGUGUUUUUGGCGUUCUUCUACUCUAUACGAAUGCCCUUCUACUUAGUAGGUGUCCCCAAUUACGUAAAUGUAGUUGGAGUACGACUGUUCUACAUCUGUACUGCUCUCUACCUGUAUGGUGACUUGGCAAUUUAUGCAGCUGCUGUUCCAAAGUCCCUCACACAAGUUGCAUGUGGAUCUUUGAGUGGAAAUGAUUCUUCCAGUUCCUUCGAUACCACUGAACCCUGUUGGAACUCUCUUACUCAAAUCAGUGUCUACAGAAUCUUUCUGGUAAGUGUUUUGGUUCUNGGACCUUUUACUUUUUUCAAUGUACAGAAGACGAAAUACUUGCAGAUGUUUACUACGGCUAUGAGAUGGAUAGCCUUCAUGAUGAUGAUUGUGCUUGCUCUGGUGAAGAUUGGUAAAGGCAAGGGGAAACACGAUACCCCUCCGGCGAACUUCUCAGGGCUUCCCAAUCUGUUCGGAGUCUGCGUGUAUUCCUACAUGUGUCAGCACUCUCUCCCAUCCCUUAUAACACCGAUGAAAAACAAAUCACGCAUCACGCUUCUCUUUAGCACGGACUUCGCCGUCGUCAUGGUCUUCUAUGCGCUCUUGUCGUUCACCGCCAUCUUUACCUUUCGCGCGGAGGACUUGAAAGACCUAUACACGCUCAACUUUUGGGAUUCCUCGGGGAAGUUCGUGGGCUAUUUCCUGGCGUUGUUUCCGGUUUUUACCCUCAGCACUAACUUUCCCAUUAUAUCAAUAACCCUUCGCGACAAUCUAAAAAACCUUUUUCACCGUGAAGGUCGACCUUACCCUUGGGUAGUGGACAGAAUUGCGUUCCCACUGGCGACCAUUACCCUACCGAUUAUCGUGGCUUUUAUCACGCAAAACUUGGAAAUUCUUGUAGGGGUGACGGGCUCGUAUGCUGGAGCCGGGGUGCAGUAUAUAAUCCCCGCCUGCCUGGCGUUCUAUGGCAAGAAACAUGUUAUGACGAUGACCGGUUGUUAUGACAACAAGCAUAGGUCACCAUUUGGACGCCUUCUAUGGAUCCUUUUUGUGGUUGGCUGGGCGUUUGUGUGUAUAGCCUUUGUGACUGCAAAUCACAUCAUCACUAAAAAAUAAAUGACGGGACAUUUGAGAUAUAAUAUGGUUGGGAUAAAUGUAUAUUUUUUUUAAAGAGUUGAAUUUGUGAUGGAUAGGACAGUCAGCUAGUUUGAGAAUACUGCAAUACGAAAUUUAUGAACUGAAGAUUGUUCUAGGCCAUCAGAUUUGGGCACAAUAGUCGAUAACGACUGAAGUCAUUGUUAUUUUUUUAAAUCGUUUCCCCUCCGCUUUCAACUCACAAUACGUUCAAUAAUAUUAAAACAGGGACGUAGCCAAUAUGAGGCAAACCGAGACACUUGCCUCUGUCAUUUCUUUGGUUUCUGUGGUUUCUUCUUUGAAGGGAGAAAGUAAAAAAGCUGCUAAAUGCUUAUAGGAAGAGAUUUUAACCAUGAGCAUUGCCUCAGUCAUAAUUUUCUUUCUGGCUGCGGCCCUGUAGACUAUUCUUAUGCAAGCUUUCUUGUUUCUCCCAAGCCUUCUUGUCACUAUAAUUUUUAUGAUAUAUUUCUAUCAUUAUUUGAACUAUUAAUAUUGUGAUUUAUUCUUGUGGCAAAUACGUUAAUUGAUAACUGAAAUCCGAGAGUCUGAAACAAAUGGAGCCAAUAAGGGCUAAUUAAUAAUAAUUUCACGAGUGGACUGUUUUAUUUAAUGGAGCACUUCUCCUCCAGGGCGAGCGACCAUGUUGAGCCUGACCCCCAAGAGGAACCCAUGUGAAAAGAUCGAAAAUGCUCGUCUUCUCGCCUUGGGAUGUAAAUCACGCAUUUUGCUCUCACUUAGGGUUUUUAGGGCGACACAGCACUACUUUUAGCUACCGAAGUAUCUUGCUUGAUGGGGUUGCCCGCGAAGAAGUAAUAGAAAACGCUGUCAUUUCCGUUUAAAUUGGUAUCUUUUAGGGGUCAAAAAAAGCUCCAGCCACGCGCAGAUCGGUCUCCUUUAAGGUUUUAAUUGAAAUUAAAUUAAUUUUAAUACAUCGAAAAUGGCAUCUAUUGGCUACAAGUACAGGCCGUUGAUUUCAAGACGGGCCCAGGCCACUAGCGGUUGAAGUCAGUCUUUUGUUCCGAGUUGGCAAUUUCUUUCCUAAGAGCGACUUCCAAGGUCGCGUCUUGAGAUUAAUAAUAAAAGUAAUAAUUUAUAUUUAUCACGAAUUUGUCUCGUAAUUAAUAAUAAUAAUAAUAAUUUAUAUUUAUCACGGUUUUGUUACGAAGAGGCUAUUGGCUCAGUAGGGUAAAUGUAGCUUAUGAUAGAUGCGAGCCCUUGAAACAUUUCUAGAAGGUCGAUAGAGAGGUGGGGUGGCAAGGGUGAGGGUGGAAUGCGUGAGAGGAUGGGUCACUUAGGUGAAUGAAAUGCAUCUGGCCCCGGUUGUUCGAAGGCUGGAUAACGUUAUCCACCGGAUAAAUCGCUAUCCAGUGGAUAAGUCCUAACAAAACAAACCACGCUAUCCACAGACACUGGAUGGUAAUUUAUCCCGUGGAUAGCGUUACUCACCUUUCGAACAACCCGGACCAAUAAAGCUAAACCUUACAACACAAGUUCCCAUUUGUUUGUAAACCGGAACUAGGUAAAGCUGGCAGACCCGUCUAUGAAACAAGUCUCCUCGAUUGCAACAAAAAUAUCGAUUAUUAACUUGGUUAAUACCCUUUGUCACACUAAAAAUAUAUUACAAACUUGUACGAUGACCCUUAUCAUGCUACAGCUUGUAAAAUAGAGAAACAACUCGAGAAAUCACAUAGUGGAUGUAUAAAAUUCCUAACUCUUUGAGUAUUGUAUAUUACUAGUAACUAUAAACACGUUAUCCACACGUUUAACGCUAACUUAUUAGACUUGCACACAAUUGUUCAAAAACCGACCUUGACCCUUUUCAGAAUUUUCGUACCAAAAAUGUUCCAUUAAUUCGUUUUUACACUCAGAAAUCCUGUCCGCGACAGGUGACCGAGCCAGCGGCAAGCCUUUUGGCGCGUGCUUCUGACUGGGUAAUACUAAUCGGAAAUGCUUCGGGCUGCUUCGGAUACUUUACGAGGAUUUGUCACGAAAGGUUAUUAUUCAGCUGUGUUUUCGCAUUAAAUAAAAUAACUUUCGUACAUUGACUGUAAAGCCCGGGCCAAACCAGAACGAGAGUUGUCUUAAAAAGUUGAAACUUAAGAGUUAAACGAGAGUCAAUAAGUUAGUGGAAACGAGAAAAUACUCUCGACGACUCUACGAGAAUGCAUAAAAAAUUGGACAAAACGUAAGCGAGAGUUCAAAUUCUUGUUCACUCCCGUUGUUGUUUAGCUUAGGCUUAAAGACAGACUCACUACUUACUCUUAUACCUUGUAGUUUCAAACUAAGCAAACCUCUUUGACUCUAUGCAAGGCGAUGAAGGUAUUUCUCGUCACAUAAAAUCGAGGAAACGUUGCACAAAAACGUCGAAUAAAUACUGAAAUUGUGGUUGCAGUUUAACUGAGCACACUUCUACUUAUGCAGCUACUGGUACCUAAAUAAAUCUUCUUUCACAAUCUUCAAAACGGGGAUAAUGGAAAGAAAAAAACAUCAUACUCUUAAAAAAGAGAAAACGUGCACAGAGUUUACAGCACGUUUGGC